UGUGCUGUUGCAGUGAUAUUGUGUUGUUUUAAUCUAAUUGUAAAGUAAUGUUAUAAUCAUGACGAUUUUAUAGUAGAGGUUAUUUAAAGUCAUUUCGAGCUGAUCGUCGAGUACACGAUAAUUAAACGUUGAUUCAAUUUGCAACAUGACUACUUAUGAAGAUUUCAUUCAACAAAAUGAAGACCGUGAUGGAGUACGUAUCACUUGGAAUGUUUGGCCGUCAUCACGUUUAGAUGCCACCAGACUUGUUGUGCCAUUGGGAACACUUUACCAACCAAUCAAAGAAAGGCCAGAUCUUCCACCAAUACAAUAUGAUCCUGUUCUAUGUACAAGAUCUACUUGUAGAGCAAUUUUGAAUCCAUUGUGCCAAGUGGAUUACCGUGCUAAACUAUGGGUGUGCAAUCUUUGCUUUCAGAGGAAUCCUUUUCCUCCACAAUAUGCUGCUAUUUCAGAACAGCAUCAGCCAGCUGAACUCAUACCAAAAUUCUCUACAAUUGAAUAUACCAUAAUGAGAGCACAAUGUCUACCACCUAUUUUCUUAUUGGUCGUGGAUACAUGUAUGGAUGAUGAAGAACUAGGUUCUCUUAAGGAUUCUUUACAAAUGUCACUCUCACUCCUACCACCAAAUGCUCUUAUUGGACUUAUUACAUUUGGAAGAAUGGUGCAAGUUCAUGAAUUAGGCUGCGAAGGAUGUAGUAAAAGUUAUGUUUUUCGUGGUACUAAAGAUUUACAACCAAAACAAGUUCAAGAUAUGCUGGGUAUAGGCAGGCCAAUACCAGGUCAAAAUCCAAACCAGCAAAGAGGACCUGGUGGACAACCUCUUCCACCAGCUAAUCGCUUUUUACAACCUGUACAUAAGUGUGAUAUGAGUUUAACAGAUCUUUUGGGAGAACUACAACGUGAUCCAUGGCCAGUUGGUCCAGGAAAACGUCCACUACGAUCGACCGGUGUUGCGUUAGCUGUUGCUACUGGUCUUUUAGAAGCUAGUUAUGCUAGCACAGGAGCUAGAAUAAUGUUAUUUGUUGGUGGACCUUGCUCUCAAGGACCUGGUCAAGUAGUAACGGACGACUUAAGACAACCAAUCAGAUCUCAUCAUGAUAUUCAAAAAGAUAAUGCUAAACAUAUGAAGAAGGCAACUAAACACUAUGAUUCUCUCGCGUCACGAGCCGCAACUAAUGGCCACAUAAUAGACAUAUAUUCGUGCGCUCUUGAUCAAACCGGCCUGUUAGAAAUGAGACAAUGUUGUAACUCAACUGGUGGCCACAUGGUCAUGGGAGAUUCUUUUAAUUCUUCUCUGUUUAAACAAACGUUCCAGCGUGUGUUCGCGAAAGAUCAUAAAGGCGAUUUAAAAAUGGCAUUUAAUGCGACGUUAGAAGUAAAGACAUCACGGGAAAUCAAAGUUUCUGGAGCAAUUGGUCCCUGUGUGUCUCUAGGCGUAAAAGGAUCAAGUGUCGGAGAGCAGGAAGUAGGAUUAGGUGGUACAUGUCAAUGGAAAUUCUGUUCCCUUACGCCAUCCACUACUACGGCAUUGUUUUUUGAAGUUGUCAAUCAACAUACCGCGCCAAUUCCUCAGGGUGGAAGAGGCUGCAUUCAGUUUAUCACACAAUAUCAACAUAGUAGCGGUCAACGAAGAAUCAGAGUUACGACGAUCGCUAGAAAUUGGGCGGAUGCAUCAACAUCUUUGCAUCAUAUAAGCGCAGGUUUUGAUCAAGAAGCAGCAGCUGUUCUUAUGUCACGUUUAGCGGUAUUUAGAGCAGAGAGUGAUGAUGGACCAGAUGUUUUAAGAUGGGUCGACCGUAUGCUUAUCAGAUUAUGCCAGAAAUUUGGAGAGUAUGCAAAGGAUGAUCCGAAUAGUUUUAGGCUCGCGGAAAACUUUUCCUUGUAUCCUCAAUUUAUGUAUCACUUACGUAGAUCGCAAUUCUUACAAGUAUUUAAUAAUUCCCCUGAUGAAACUAGUUUUUAUAGGCAUAUGCUCAUGCGAGAAGAUUUAACAAAUUCUUUAAUAAUGGUGCAGCCAAUUCUAUAUAGUUAUGGAUUUAGUGGUCCCCCGGAACCAGUUUUAUUAGAUACUUCAUCUAUUCAACCAGACAGAAUUUUGUUGAUGGAUACUUUCUUCCAAAUCCUUAUAUUCCACGGAGAGACUAUUGCACAAUGGCGCCAAUUAAAAUAUCAAGAUUUGCCAGAAUACGAAAAUUUCAGACAAUUAUUGGCAGCACCUGUCGAUGAUGCGGCUGAAAUAUUAGCUGAACGGUUCCCUGCACCUAGAUAUAUCGAUACUGAACAGGGUGGUUCGCAAGCGAGGUUCUUAUUGAGCAAAGUAAACCCAAGUCAAACUCACAAUAAUAUGUAUGCCUACGGAGCGGGGAUGCCGAUACCCAGUGGGGAAAGUGGAGCGCCUGUUUUAACUGACGAUGUCAGUCUACAAGUAUUCAUGGAGCAUUUAAAAAAAUUGGCUGUAUCAUCCACAGCUUAAAUUGCAGCAAUACAAAAAAUAUUUUAUAAUUAUGUCCCCUCAUCGUUUUGCACAUGCAGAAUUUAAUGUCUCAGACAUAGGCAUGUCUCAGAUGAGGCACUUAUAAUUGCAAUCUAUUAAGAAAAAUAAAAUAGAUACAGUAUGGAUUUCCAUUGUAAUGAAAAUAUAUGACUAAUUAAAU